AUGUUUCAUCGACAUCACCUCGCUACCACAACCACUCGCACCACCAAGCCUACGCUGAUGACCAAACUCAAGGGGCGAAACGCAACAUCGCGCACCGUCAAAACCACAACGACAACACACGAGAAUCCCGUCCAUGGCCAUCAUUAUACCGGUCACACUAGCCGAACUGGUCCCACUGGUCGCCGCUCUGGUCAUAGGAACGCCUAUGGAACACCUACUCAUACUCGCCAUCGGCGCAAAACCAACCUUGGUGACAAGGUCUCCGGCGCUAUGUUGAAGCUGAAAGGAAGUUUGACACAUCACCCCGCAGUCAAGGCUGCUGGAACCCGUCGCAUGCAUGGCACUGAUGGACGUGCAAUCAAAACGAUAGGCGCCAAUCCCCCAACCCUGGAAAUGCCGGGCCGGUGCGAUAACGUGGGUGCCCAGAUGCCCCACCAAAGUUUUACAAAAGUGCGGGACUCCCCGAUUACUCACUUGGACAGAACAACACUCGUGGAUCCCUUUCAGCUGUAUGUCUAUGCAAUGCCGUCCAUUCACAAAAGCAAAUUGGCCUUUAUUGGCGGUGGCAACAUGGCUUUCGCCAUCGUUGGUGGCCUUUUGAGCAAAGGCGUCAACAAGCAGAAUAUCUGCGUCUCCGAGCCGUGGGAGGUCAACCGCGAGAAGAUGGCCGCUCUAGGAGUGCGCACCACUACCUCCAACGUUGAUGCUGGAGGUGAUGCCGAUUUAGUCAUCAUUGCAGUCAAACCCCAAGUUACCAAGGGUGUUUGCCAGGAACUCGGUGGUGCCUGGUCCCCGCGCGCCACUUUGCCCGUGGUUGUCAGCAUUGCUGCCGGUAUUACCCUUGACAGCUUGAAGGAAUGGUUGACGACGAGCGAUGGUCGUACAGCCCACACUGUUCGCGUUAUGCCCAACACACCCGCCCUAGUUGGUGAGGGUGCCUCGGGUGCCUUUGCUAGUACAGAUGUCACCCCGGAUGAAAAAGAGCUUGUCAAUGGUUUGCUCGGAAGUGUUAGCAAGGCUACUGAGUGGGUGGACCGCGAAGAACUUCUCGAUGUCGUCACUGGAUUGUCUGGAUCCGGACCUGCCUACUUCUUUGCCAUGGUUGAGCACCUGGUUGCAAGUGCAACUGCUCUAGGCCUUCCCGAAGAACAAGCCACUCGGUUGGCUACACAGACAUGUCUCGGUGCUGGCAAGAUGUUAGUUGAGAGCUCCGACGCCCCUUCUCAGCUGCGUAAGAAUGUGACUAGCCCCAAUGGUACCACACAUGCUGCUCUCCAGACAUUUGAGUCUCUCAACUUCAAAGAGAUCGUCGACAAGUCUGUUCAGGCUGCCACUGCUCGCUCUGCUGAGCUCGCUUUCGAGAAAACCCUAUCCACGCUCUCGACGAAGAUCGCCCAGGCCACCACGCGCCUCGAACAGCAACGUCAGUCUUCCCGGCGCAUCAAGGCUCUCUGGACGCUCUACUCUACAUUUGCCUAUCUCUUUUACUCAAUCAUUCUCGCCCUGGUGCUGGGGUGGGAGAGCUGGGGAAUCAAGGAAUAUGCAGCCAUCGCAGGCGGGCCGGUCCUGAUCUAUGGUGUGCGCACUCUCAGCUCCACAAUUUUCGACUACCGAGUUUCCCGCAUCCAACGCCGCCUUGAUGACUUCCAGAAACAGCGCGAGGAGACCAUCGAAAAGCUCAAAGUCGCAACCAAGUAUACCUCCACCCAGCAACUACUAGAGAAGUACGGCAACGAGUCCCCCAAGCCCUCUCCGGGCUCAAAGGAACAAGCCGAGAAAGAAAAGCCAGCCCAACAGCCACAGUAUGUGGCUCGCACUGGUCUCCCGCCGCCGCCCACUGCCAAUAUUCGUCCUCCUCCCUCCGCACCGCAAACCCCGAAUGACCUGCCAUCCCUUAGUUAUCCCUCUCGCCCUCUCGAGUUAACCCAAAGUGCCCCGCAGACCCCACAGCAGCCCCUUUUUCGACCUUCUUUCCCUCCCCAAACACCCACCGAUCAAACCAGCUUUGCACCGAACGCAUUUCCUCAGAACAGCGAAUACAUCGAACAACCACAUUGGUACGACCGCCUCUUGGAUGUUCUGCUUGGAGAAGAUGAAACCCAGCCCCGCAACCGGAUGGUGAUGAUGUGCACCGCCUGUCGGCUCGUGAACGGCCAGGCUCCCCCUGGGAUCAAAACACCGGAAGAGCUCGGCCGCUGGCGGUGUUGCAGCUGUGGGGCUUGGAAUGGCAUGGAAAGCGAGACAACAAAGAUUCUCAACAAUUUGCGCCAAGAUGCUGUGCCAGCCGAGGGAACUUGGGAGCCUGUCUCGAAGGCUGACGCGGAUACCCAGUCCUCCGAGGGAACGGAAGAAGGUGUGAUGGUGGCUUCCAGUGAAGAGGACCAAGUGGACUCUAUUGGCUCCGAUGCGGAGGACCAGAAGAAAGAGGAACCUAAGGCUGCCCCUGUGCGGCGGUCCAAGCGCGGUGCAAAGGGAAGCAAGGCAUAG